CUGGUACCGUUUUAUUACCAUCAAUAUUAUACAACAUACUGAAUUUCCGGUACGAGGUAAACAAAAAUUACAGGUGAUACUAAGGCUAAGUACUUGGGGCCUAUGUGAUGACAAUGAAUUGUUGACUUCUGCACCUUUUAUAGUAUCAAUGCUGGUACACACACCUCUGUAGUCAUGUGACAUCACCCAUCUAUACUGAGAUCUAUGAUGGACCAGACGAGGGUGUGACAUACCGGUACCAUGGCCACAUGUAUGGGUGAGGUAUUCACCUGGUCACUCAAGAACCAGACAGCCUUGCCAGAUGAUGUUCUUGGUAUUCAUACCUACCAUGACAAACAACAAGCUGCCUCACAAAGCCAGCUGUAUCUGGAGGAGAGACAACACCACUCAGAAGGUCAGGACAUAGCCUGGACUCCUAAGAAUAAGAGACCGGAGAAGCUGCGAGAUACACUAAAGGAGUUAGAGGAGCUGUUGUCACACAACAGACUAGUACAUGUCUGGUGGAGAAGUCGAAGGAUCCUCCAGGUUGUCCUGAGUAAUAUGGUCAGUGUGACCUAUGUUCUGAGUGGACACAGUGGUGACCUUGAUAAGGUCUUCCUUGACAAAUCUAUGAUGAUGAAGACCAACACAGACGCAGCAUCAGAUGCAUACCUGUGUGAACAGUUCCUGAUAACAGUGUAUCCCGACCGUAAUAAGCUGGACUACACCUACUUUGUCAAGAGACCUCCUCUUGGCGAGGCAAUCAAGAGGCUAGAGAAACUCUCUACCUGGGAGCCUAAGGUGUCGCAGGUAGAAAUUCCUGGUCCCAUUGGACGCCGUCUGGACAGAAAGCUGUCGGUAAACACUCGACAAGACACAGUGUUGGUGUGGUGGACAGCGUCCAGUGAGGAAGCUUGGCCAUGGAGUCCAAUGACCACUGACAAAGAUAGGGCCAACCUGGUGAUUCUGUCAAUACAUGGCCCAAACAUAGGUCUUUUGACCUUCACAAGGUCGGAGUGUGACCCUAUACAUGCAGGAUUCAGCGACCUACAGCCACACCGAUUUUUUACAGUCGAGCAAGCGAUGGGUGCAGGGUCAGAGACAUCGGCUCAGACCUGUACCUACGAGAUUAUACAGGGAAAGAUUCAGAGGACUAAUGUUACAGCUGUACAGUUGAAAGGUCACCUGACAUGUCAGGCUCGUAACCCAAGCGAGGACAAGCUCAUUCUUGGCUGUGGUGACGGAUCAGUGGUCCUUAUAGAUGAUCACAGGAAGACAACAUCAGCAGUGAGAGCUACUUUGAUUGCUGCUGAUGUUGCCUGGCAUCCCACAGGGACGGUUUUCUUCUUGAUCAGUGUGCGAGGAGACAUACAGGUGUUUGACUUGGCCUUGACCUCAUUGAGAAUACAGCUGGUCUCAGAGGAGCCGAGCCCACAGAGAGUUCUCCCCCUUGGCAAGCUCUUCAAAGUCCCUGUGACAGUAAAGGAGCUGUGCUGGUGUUCCUUUGAUCCCCAAUCAGUGGAAUGGAGCGGAGAUUAUACAGAUGCUAUGUUUAUACACUGUGAUAGAGGCCCACCCUGUCUGUUUCUGCUGCACCUGGGUGUGGUCAGUAGGGAACGUUUCUCCUGUCUUGAGCUGAUGAAGGAGUACAUAAAACAUAACCAAGUACCCGAGGCCAUCCUACUGCUGGAGAACAUGAACUGGGAUACCCAUGGGUCUGUGUGCUACUCCUGUCUGUCAGCCAUUGUCAAUCACCUGCUACGUAAACCUCUCAAUGUGGAGCGGGAGGGACAGUUAGAAGUGAGUCUAGGGACAUUCUAUAAUCCUAAGAGAGCGCUGUCUGAAUCGACCAUCAUGGAUUUCAGAGACCCUAUCAGCCGACUAGCACGCAGAUUCUUCCACCAUCUACUUCGGUACUCCCGGUUUGACAAGGCAUUCUUACUGGCCGUUGACAUUGGAGCCAGAGACCUUUUCAUGGAUAUCCACUAUAUGGCACAAGACAAGGGUGAGGUGGCCCUGGCUGAGGUGGCUAAACGUAAGGCUGACCAGAUUGAAACAGAGGCUUUAGAGUCAUUUGACGGACUUGAUGAUGAUCUGAUAUUUAAUGGCUUUAACAACCAGGUGGCCAACAACCAUCAGGACAACAGGCAGAAUGGACAGAAUUACAACCAGAGCCCACCGUCAUGGCAACCAGAUUAUGCUUAUACCCAGGGAUACAGGCAGCAGAACGCUGAUUCAGGUACCAACAGGUAUCUACCUUACCCUGAUGAUGUUGGGGUGGAGUCCGACCUCAUACAGGAUUAUACAGAUGCCUUACGUAUUGAUGACCCAUCAUGGAUCCACACAGCAGGUUUGCAUCACCAUCAACAAGAGGAUUCCCCAAACCCAGAGACUGAAGAGGAUGACAGUUCUGCCAACGUGAUUCACUUUGGAGUCGUGUGACUUUAUACUUAAAUUACACCACAAUUUCAGUGUUAGGUCACCCCUGAUAGGUGUACAGUGUUAGGUCACCCCUGAUAGGUGUACAGUGUUAGGUCACCCCUGAUAACUGUACAGUGUUAUGUCACCCCUGAUAGGUGUACAGUGUUAUGUCACCCCUGAUAGGUGUACAGUGUUAGGUCACCCCUGAUAACUGUACAGUGUUAUGUCACCCCUGAUAGGUGUACAGUGUUAGGUCACCCCUGAUAGGUGUUCAGUGUUAGGUCACCCCUGAUAGGUGUACAGUGUUAGGUCACCCCUGAUAGGUGUACAGUGUUAGGUCACCCCUGAUAACUGUACAGUGUUAGGUCACCCCUGAUAACUGUACAGUGUUAGGUCACCCCUGAUAGGUGUACAGUGUUAGGUCACCCUUGAUAACUAUACAGUGUUAGGUCACCCCUGAUAGGUGUACAGUGUUAGGUCACCCCUGAUAACUGUACAGUGUUAGGUCACCCCUGAUAACUGUACAGUGUUAGGUCACCCCUGAUAGGUGUACAGUGUUAGGUCACCCCUGAUAACUGUACAGUGUUAGGUCACCCCUGAUAGGUGUACAGUGUUAGGUCACCCCUGAUAGGUGUACAGUGUUAGGUCACCCCUGAUAGGUGUACAGUGUUAGGUCACCCCUGAUAACUAUACAGUGUUAGGUCACCCCUGAUAGGUGUACAGUGUUAGGUCACCCCUGAUAACUGUACAGUGUUAGGUCACCCCUGAUAGGUGUACAGUGUUAGGUCACCCCUGAUAACUGUACAGUGUUAGGUCACCCCUGAUAGGUGUACAGCGUUAGGUCACCCCUGAUAACUGUACAGUGUUAGGUCACCCCUGAUAACUGUACAGUGUUAGGUCACCCCUGAUAACUGUACAGUGUUAGGUCACCCCUGAUAGGUGUACAGUGUUAGGUCACCCCUGAUAACUGUACAGUGUUAGGUCACCCCUGAUAGGUGUACAGUGUUAGGUCACCCCUGAUAACUAUACAGUGUUAGGUCACCCCUGAUAGGUGUACAGUGUUAGGUCACCCCUGAUAACUGUACAGUGUUAGGUCACCCCUGAUAACUGUACAGCGUUAGGUCAUCCCUGAUAGGUGUACAGUGUUAGGUCACCCCUGAUAGGUGUACAGUGUUAGGUCACCCCUGAUAACUGUACAGUGUUAGGUCACCCCUGAUAGGUGUACAGUGUUAGGUCACCCCUGAUAACUGUAUAGCGUUAGGUCACCCCUGAUAGGUGUACAGUGUUAUGUCACCCCUGAUAGGUGUACAGUGUUAGGUCACCCCUGAUAGGUGUACAGUGUAAGGUCACCCCUGAUAGGUGUACAGUGUAAGGUCACCCCUGAUAGGUGUACAGUGUUAGGUCACCCCUGAUAGGUGUACAGUGUUAGGUCACCCCUGAUAGGAGUACAGUGUUAGGUCACCCCUGAUAACUGUACAGUGUUAGGUCACCCCUGAUAGGUGUACAGUGUUAGGUCAUCCCUGAUAGGUGUACAGUGUUAGGUCACCCCUGAUAGGUGUACAGUGUUAGGUCACCCCUGAUAACUGUAUAGCGUUAGGUCACCCCUGAUAGGUGUACAGUGUUAGGUCACCCCUGAUAGGUGUACAGUGUUAUGUCACCCCUGAUAGGUGUACAGUGUUAGGUCACCCCUGAUAGGUGUACAGUGUUAGGUCACCCCUGAUAGGUGUACAGUGUUAGGUCACCCCUGAUAGGUGUACAGUGUUAGGUCACCCCUGAUAGGUGUACAGUGUUAGGUCACCCCUGAUAGGUGUACAGUGUUAGGUCACCCCUGAUAACUGUACAGCGUUAGGUCACCCCUGAUAGGUGUACAGUGUUAGGUCACCCCUGAUAGGUGUACAGUGUUAGGUCACCCCUGAUAGGUGUACAGUGUUAGGUCACCCCUGAUAGGUGUACAGUGUUAGGUCACCCCUGAUAGGUGUACAGUGUAAGGUCACCCCUGAUAGGUGUACAGUGUUAGGUCACCCCUGAUAGGUGUACAGUGUUAGGUCAUCCCUGACAGGUGUACAGUGUUAGGUCACCCCUGAUAGGUGUACAGUGUUAGGUCACCCCUGAUAGGUGUACAGUGUUAGGUCACCCCUGAUAGGUGUACAGUGUUAGGUCAUCCCUGAUAGGUGUACAGUGUUAGGUCACCCCUGAUAGGUGUACAGUGUUAGGUCACCCCUGAUAACUGUAUAGCGUUAGGUCACCCCUGAUAGGUGUACAGUGUUAGGUCACCCCUGAUAGGUGUACAGUGUUAUGUCACCCCUGAUAGGUGUACAGUGUUAGGUCACCCCUGAUAGGUGUACAGUGUUAGGUCACCCCUGAUAGGUGUACAGUGUUAGGUCACCCCUGAUAGGUGUACAGUGUAAGGUCACCCCUGAUAGGUGAACAGUGUUAGGUCACCCCUGAUAGGUGUACAGUGUUAGGUCACCCCUGAUAACUGUAUAGCGUUAGGUCACCCCUGAUAGGUGUACAGUGUUAGGUCACCCCUGAUAGGUGUACAGUGUUAUGUCACCCCUGAUAGGUGUACAGUGUUAGGUCACCCCUGAUAGGUGUACAGUGUUAGGUCACCCCUGAUAGGUGUACAGUGUUAGGUCACCCCUGAUAGGUGUACAGUGUAAGGUCACCCCUGAUAGGUGUACAGUGUUAGGUCACCCCUGAUAGGUGUACAGUGUUAGGUCAUCCCUGACAGGUGUACAGUGUUAGGUCACCCCUGAUAGGUGUACAGUGUUAGGUCACCCCUGAUAGGUGUACAGUGUUAGGUCACCCCUGAUAUGUGUAAAGUGUUAGGUCACCCCUGAUAGGUGUACAGUGUUAGGUCACCCCUGAUAACUGUACAGUAAUAGGUCACCAAUCUCCCUGAAAGCUGUAUAUUUCUGUACAGUUGAUUUAUCGGCCAAAAUAAUUUUCAUUUUUAUCAUGUGAUAAUUUAUUAUUAAAACUACAUACCCAUUUAUACACUUAUCCUGAUAUGACAGAAGAGUUAGUCACCCCAUGUGGUAUCCAGCAGCCUCACACUCCACAUGUGGUAUACCCCUAUAUCAUGUACUGUCAGAACACGUUCAGUACACCAGUAUUUCUAUAACUGGCAUAAUUCCACAGCAUGGAAAACAAUACAAACAUUUCUACAUCAUGAAAUAAAAUGUUUUGAUCCAUUAAAGAUGAAAACACAAAAUGUCAAAGAACAAAACAAUAAAAUGCCAAUGUACUUUCCAGUAAUUGAUGAGAGUUGUGAUUGAGUGAGCCUCAAUUGGCCAGUAUUUAUUUUUUUAUGAUUUCCAUAAACCAAAGAAAUAAUUCCUUAUUUCUGUAUUGAGUACGCUGUACGUGGUUGUUAAGGAUGUGUUUGUAUUUGUACCAUUAUCUGAUGGAUUUAGACAUUACACAUCAGUUGUAUUACAUGUACUUAAAAUGUGGUGGGUAGAGUGUUAUUUCAUAGCAACAGAUAUGCCAUCAUGUUAUAAAUCUCAGUAUAUUUACAAGCCAUCCUGCUAUUUUGUACUGAUAUUUAUAUGCCAUUUACAUGGACCACUGCUUCUUGUAUAAAGUCUGACCUCAAGGAUUUUGUUUUUGAAAUAUUCCUUGCUCUUGUAAAUCGUAGGUUCCAAAUAUGAUGAUAACAUAUCAUAUUCGUCUUUUGCUU